AUGAGCAUGGAAGAGUGGGAAAUUCCCUAUGAAGAGGAUGAUUUUGAAUCUCGCUACGCGGAUGAACUGGACAUGCUCGAAGAAUUCGAUGAAGAAGGUGAGAUUCUUCUGCAAUGAAUAUGUCGAGGACGAAUUGAAAGAGGUUCCCUUGAAAGUUGAAAUGUCGGCAUACUUCUCGGAGUUGGGUAUUAUAUCGGGCUAAAUUUUUGAAAUGGAUAAAUUUUUGUUCCAUCGUAUCAUGAGCUCCUGAUUUCAAUCACUCCGUACAGUUGACUGAAAUGUCGAUCGAUCAGUUAGCUGAUGGAAUCUGUGGAGGAUUCUAUGGAAUCUUUGCGAUCGAACAAUUUCUAAUGAAAUGGUAAUUGUACCUUUCAAGCAGUAAACGAAUUAGAUACACCUUGGGGCUCGUAUGUUUUUAUCGUCGCUUAAAGAGACACGGCCAGCCUAAUUGCAUCAGUAAUUCAUGAGAAAAUUCUCCAAAAUCAAAACACAACAAACCAACUAAUACGCCCCAUUCCCCUUUGUAAAGGAAUCUCUGUUUUUGGUUCCAUAAUAAGGAUGGUGCACGGGGAAUAGUAUUUGAGCUACAUACAAAAUUAACGACGAAAUGUCAUUGAUGGUUAUAUCAGUCUUUGAUGACCUAUUUUAUUACCCUUGUUCAUGUGUUUUUGUGUUACAAUCGUUGCCCCAUCUUCGAAAAAAGGCUUAAAUUUUCAUAAUGUCAAAGAAGCAGUUUACAAGGAAGUAGAUGUGGAUAGUGAGUCUAUCAAUAAACUCACCAAACAACCCAACUCAAAAAAGCGAGAUUGUGAUGAGAUGUUCCUGCCCCUCUUAGAGGAUGAUGAAGAUGAUGAACCACAUCCUCUUGAUUCAGGUCUGUACAUUAGCUAGUAUGCAGUUAGUGUUCUGUAGUUACAACAGCAGUACUCUUUACAAAUAUUGGAAAACUUUUAUCGCUGCCUGUGAUUCCUCCUUUCCCUCUUUCCAUAUAGAAUGUCCUUUUUUUUUUUUUGAAACUUGCAACAUGUAAGGUUUUGAAACGGUUUCUUUGAUACUGAUGGUAUGAUGCAUUAUUUGUAAUCUGUACUAUCCAAACUGUUCCACUGGGAUCAGUUCUUACAAAAUGCAACUGCUAAACAGUCUUAGAAAACUAAACUGUCUUUAGAACUUAUCUGCUGUAAACCCCAUACCUGUGUCUAAAUGUUGUUGUUUAAUCCAGACAACCCGUAAAACACACCCCUACAAAUAAAUUCCAUAUCAACUUAAAAAUUGAACAAUGGAAAGGGGAAAAUAAGUUGUGACUUGGACUUUUGUUGUCUUAACAUCUUUUUAGCUCCUUGUAAAAAGAAGGCUCGUCUCAGCCCCAGCAAAUAUGGUGCAAGUCAUGAGGCAGAUUACCAUCUUCCCAAUAUACGAAGUCCACUCAGAGAGCUACAACCAAGUUUAGACCAGUCUCAAUUUGUGGCCACCAUGGACAGAAGACUAAAUGAAAUUGCUUCAACAAAAGCAGAGAGAAGGAAGGUGUUUCGAAGACCCCCUAUGAGCUGUGAAUCUGUCUCCAUAACAAGAACAGAUGGCCAAAGGCUUUAUCUGUCAAUCAGGCAUGAGAGAGAAGAGAAAUCUGAUGGGUUGGAAUCCAAGGUAUACUGUCCAACAUCUAAUUUCUUGUUACUGUAAUGCUGCUAGAUCCUUUAUCAAGAUCAUUAGACUAAAGGAAAUGAUUGCUAACCUAACAAGCUUUGAUUGUUAAACAAAUUCUCCUUGUCAUUACUAAAGAAAAUGCACAGGGAAGAGUAUGAGGAAUAUUGAUACUGAUGAUAGGGUUUAAGGUGUUAAGUGAGCCUUGGAAAGUUGCAUAAGAGGUACAUGUGGUGGUAGGUGUGAUGCAAAUGCUACAGCAAGCAUGGAAGAAUCCCCAGGACAAAAAAAAAAACAAUGGGGGCUGCUAAGAGAUAUGUACUACCUAAUGCUUUCAAAAGCCAGCUGUAGGAGACCCUCAGUACUUUAAAGUUUGGUGUGACUGCACAUCUCAACAGAGUUGAAUCACAAAACAUAACAGCCCCCAAUAAGGCUUGGAUAGAUACAUUUGACCAGAGUUGUCUGAGCUAAAUAUUUGUUGUAAUUUAGUAUUGUCAAUUGAGUUGAUAAUAAUAUUAUGCAUUGGCCACCUUGAAGAGUUUCAAAGCUGAUGUCAGAGCUAACGCUCAAGAUGUCAGCUUUGAAACUCAUUACAGUGGCCAAUGUACAUUAUUGACUCAGUUGAUAAUACUAAAUUAUUCUGUUAUACUCUCCCUCUGAUGCAGCACCACAGUUUCUUUUGAAAAUUAUGUCCUAAAUACAUGUGGUUACUCUAAAAUGUCCCUUUCCAGAAGCACAUUACUCAAAUUUCAUGUGGCAUUUGUGCAAUUUUGGUCAUAAAAUACACCCUUAUGGCUGAAAUUGUUUUCCUUUCCAAGCAAUAACCAGUAAAAUUUACUGCCAGUAGUACCUCUAAAUACUGCCUAAACUCCCUUGGAAUUCUUGAAAGUUCAAGAGCUGAAAGGAUUGCCCUAUCAGAUUGGAAAUUUCUUUUACCAAUUGUUCUUAAAAUGAGGAAGGAUACUGCAGUAAACACUAAUUUCAAUGCAAAAUUGUUACAUUCAUGAACAAUUGUAAGGCAAACUGCAAAUGAUAUAUGCAGUCAUUAAAUUUUUUUUGCAGAAACAUUGUGGAUACAUGUACUUGAAAAGGCUGAGAAGAUGAUAAAGAUCAACUUUGAAACUUAAUAUACAACUGAACACACGCCAUAUUUCUGUAAAUCCUCCUUCUUUUAAACAGAAAGAACAACUUUUUGCUCUCUUUUCCAGGGAUUGAAAAAGAAACUCUUUAGAAGGGGAACAGGAAAUUCGCUUCAGUUGCUGUCAGUACCAUUUUCUGUGCUACGCGAAAGUGUGGAGGAAGAGGUAUGUGCAUUGUAAGUUUCUUUUUCAGAUAGGAAUAUCAAAUCAUACAUCUUUGUUAUAUCUUUAUAUCCAUCACUAGGACAGUAUUACAGUAAAACCUCCACUAAGCAGACCCCCAGUUAAGCACUAUUAAGCGGACACUAAACUGGGUCCCAAAAUUAAUGACUCAUAUUUCCUUUCAUAACCAACCCCAAUUCAGCUGCCACCUCUAUUAAGUGGACACAGACACUAAAUUUAAUUGUAUUUGACAAAUUUGUAUCAUUUAAAACCUCUAUUAAGUAGGCACCAGACUGCUGCACAUAAUUUUUACACAAACAUUGAAAGAGUCAAUGUACUGCAGAUAUUAUUGUUGCUGUUUUUGUCAUGUCUUUGCAUUAUUACCAGUAAAUUAAAGUUGGUAAUGAAAGGUAGUGAACUUGAACUCUGGAUUGCUUCGUUAGCAAUAUGGAACUUUAUCACAGUACAGAGUAACUGUUGAAUGUUAAUCUUUGACAAUUAUUGGAAAGUGGACCUCUGGGAAGCAGACAUUUGGCAAGGUCCCAAGGGUAUAUGCAUAAUAGAUGUUUCACUGUAAUUUUAGACUAAGAAAUAGACUGGAAGUGACUUUUUCUGUGAUUGUGUUUUUUCCCUUAAAUUUCAAGGGAGUGUAUUUUUGCCUAAGGUAUGUAAUGAAAUUCAUAAAAUACCACUGUAAAAUGCGCUUUAAUCGUUUAAUCCAUCUUAUUUGCUCUAUCAGAGACGGAGAAGGACAAUUGAGGAAUCAGAGAAGCUAACAGAAUCUUUACAAAGGUAGUCUAUUGAAUAACUACAGAAACUGAAAAAUUUAAAAUGGAAUUAGAGAGAGUUUCAAAAGUAAAUCCAAUGGGCAAUAUAUUUUGUUUAUAUUUUAUUUCAUGUUAAAACAUUAAAGAUUAAGUGAUAAUGAUACAAUUGUACUUGACAAUGCAAUUAAAUUGUUCUCAAACUAUGGUUUGCCCAGUAUGCUUCCCCUACAUGUACAUGCACAUGUACAUUCUUGGUGAUUCAUAGAUUAAGUCUCGAUUUUAUUAACUUUAGAAUGCUUGAUGAUGGUAAUUCCAACAUUGAGGAAGUUGAACUGAAAGAACCCAGCAGACAUGACAACCAUCACAGUAUUCCACAACAUUCCUUAUGGGUUGAAAAGUAUACCCCACGAUUUUUCACAGAAUUGCUCAGUGAUGAUGUGAGUAGUGUGUUCUCUAUUUUAAUUAAUAGCUUGGUUGUUGAAAAACUCUCCCAUAAGGAACUGAAUUUAGGACCUCAGGAUUUCACCUCCUGAUGCUCAACACUGAGCUUUGGAGACCCCAAUGGUGGGCCAGGGAUAUAGAAGUUCAUAUGAGACAUGCAUUCAGGAUACUGCUGGGAUCUGCAAAUUCCUAAAAUAUGUUUUAACACUGCCAAUGCCUGCGCACCAAUGAGAUAUAUAUAUAGCUUAGUGUUAGAGAAUUUGAUCACAAAUUCCAAAAGUCUGUCUUCUUGCUUGGAACAAUGAGUAACAUCUUAAUAUAACAGCAUCCAAGCUUUAAGGUGAUUCCUCAGGAAAAAAAGUUAUCAACAAUUUUAUCUAAACUUUUCUUAAAUGUUUGUUAUCGAUGCCAGUUUCAAAACAUACAAUAACAAAGAUAGGUCUAUAAAUGCAGGUGUUUACACCAUAGGGAUGUCACAAUUCAAAGUUCUCACAAGGACAUCAAUGCACUAAAUUUGACACAAGACACACGUAACCGAGAUUCCAAUGCAAUUUAUUUCAGAGUAAUAAUCUGAUGACAAACACGUCAAACUAAAACACAAGCCAAAAAAACUUAAUCUAAGCAACAUUACAUAGAGCUAAGCUAAAACAAUAAUUAUUACAUUACAAUGCAAGAAAAGACAAGUGCACAAAAACCUAACAAUAAUCAAUCAAAUAAUAAAACAAAAACAACAAGGGGAAAGAAAAAUAUGUUUAGCGAUUGUCCUCUCUGUACACCUGAAUAGAAGUCACAAAUGAACACAGUAAUUAACUACGCAGAUAACUCUCUCGCACUAACUCUCUCUCUCAAGCAACAACACACGAGGUACUAUGAUAGCCCUUUUGAUCUUACAUGUUACUAAUGUCUAACCAAACUUAAUCUUUAACUUAACAACAGUUACAAGGUUAUUAUGCUUGUAUAGGAGAUAUAAUGGACCAAACUUAACCCAUUUAUGCUUGUACCGGCACUAAUCACAUGUGUCAUUACAUCAAUUCACAGUACAUUUUGCUGUAGCUGAAAGCAAGGGUUUUUUGAGUACCACUUAAAAAAAACUUGAUAGAUGGAAAGUCUCAAGUGUAUGGACAUUUGAUAUACAAUUUGUGGGAAAAUGAUGCAAAUUUAAAUGACAUUGACUCAAAACAUUCCUCAAGUCAUUCCUCAGAGGUUUCCUCUCUUAAUCUGUUUCAACAUUAGUGUCCAUGUUGCUCUGUGACUACUCAGUAAUAGAUCACAGAUGAUGUAAAAAUGUGGUGAGAACAAAAAAGUGACACAUUAGGCGCAGCUCUGUUACAGAACUGAAUGGUGGCAUAGCAUCUAUUUGUUUAACAAAAUGAAGGAAGAAAAUUUUAUAAUGGUGAAGUUAUUUAUGGGUCUUUCCUCCAAUAGAUCACACAGUGUAAGACAUGAACAAUUUAGCUUAAUGUGUAAACUUCUCAAUAUUUGUGUUUUCCACUCCAGGCCAUAAAUAGAACACUUUUAAAGUGGUUAAAACUUUGGGACAAAACUGUGUUUGGAAAAGGGCAGGACAAGAAAGUCAAGGUCAAAGCUGACCAGGCAACAAAACAAAAGACCUUUAACUCUACAAAAAACAACAAGAAACAGCAGUUUACAGGAAUCCAAGAUGAAGCUGACUGGAAUGUGAGUACCAUUGAUGAUAUUGCAUGAAAAGUAUUUUUUACUUGAGGGGGAAACAUUCUGUCCUAUGGUGACCAUAUAAUUUUUUUAAAUUGUUUCAUUUACAAUUGAAUCUCAACAAGGAAUUAGGAGUUUUCACAUGAUGUAGAAGCACUGAUAGACACUUAGCUCAAGACUGCAAACAGUUCUAAAUACAGUAUUUGUGUCUUGAUACAAGCCCAAAAAAUGAUUAAACUGUUUAGAAUUCCAUGUCAAAUUGAUUUUACCAUAGGCAGGGUUCAAUAUAACAACUAGCUGCUGAUGGCAACCAAAACUUUUAGCACCCUUACCAGCGAUUUUUCACCAAAGAACUAGAAUUUUACAGAAAAUAUGAUGCCUAUUGGUCGUCAAACUGAAGUAAAUGUUGCUGUCAUGUUAUGGUGAACAUUUUAUAUCAGGCAAUAAAGCAGCCAAGAAAUGUUUCAAAAGCUUUUUGGAAACAUAAACAAGUAUAAGUAUACUAUAGGUACACCAUAAACAUAUAAAUUUUUUUAUAAAUAAAAAAGGUUUCUUGAGAAAAAGAGUAAUACAUGUGCUGACUGCUUAUUUAUUAUUGACAGCGGGGAAAAAAUGAACCUUGACAAAAGCCUAGACUGAUUCACGCUAAAAGCUCAAAAAUUAUUUUGAACCCUGCAUAGGUAUGAUUAUUGUUUAAAUAAUAACAAAGUUGUUGACAAUGAUACAAUAUAUAAAUAUAUAAAUAUAUAAUAUUCAAUAUAUAUAAAUAUAUAAUAUUCACCGUUAAAAAAGAGUAUCUUUGUUUUUGAAGAAGUGUCAUUCAUUAUUACUUGCAAGGAUUUUUUUUUGACACUGGCGACUUUAUAUUUUAUUUUCUUCAGAAUAUAUGUUAGAAUUUAAUGGUUAUCCUGGAAUUUUUGUACUUGCUAUGUAUUGGUAAAGGAUUUGUAUGAUAUUCAUUUACCUAUGUUUCCUUGAUUUUCAUUUGUUAAAGCACAGUUGGUAAUAUAAACCCUUGCUCACAACAAAUUUUCUCUUUUAGCAAGUUGAUGCCUCUGGUCGGCCUGUCCACAAGGUAUGGAUUAAUGUGAUGUCCAGAGGUAGUAAUUUUAUUGUCUCUCACAUUUAGACAGACUGACUAAUUAUCUAGCUGAAUGAUUUACUGAUCAACAAUAUACAUGUUCAAUGUGCUCAAUCACUGAGUUCCAAAAGAUGAAAUGGAAUGUAGAAAAUUGAAAUUAAAUGCUUGUUAUUAUCACCUGACAAUAUGCCUAUUGUUGGUAUGGAGGCAAAUGUUUUGAGGAUAGUUUGGAAUAGAAUGUAUUGAAAAACAAAGACUCAAAAAAAAUUCAUAAUUUGUAAAUUUAUUCACACAUUUUGUAGUUUUUUAAAGUUGUACUUGGAAUUGUUUGAUUACCUAUAAUUCUGCCUAAUGUGCCUUCCUUCUAGGAAGGCUGUAGGUACUAUGUUAUGUUGUUGUGUAAAUCCGUAAACCUUUCCCCAAGUAUGUUGUGGUUUUAAAAAUGGUGGACAGUAUUUUUCCAAAAAUGCUUUUCAGCUUUACAACAGUAGGUGCAUUUAGUCCUAAACUGCCUUUUACUUUUACUUAGCCAACAAACUGACUGAAUUACUACAUGAAAAACAGAAAAAAUUGAACUGUAGCAAUCCUUUUAUGUAAACAAUAAAAAAAUCUAAUACAUUUUAGGUGGCACUGUUAUGUGGUCCUCCAGGACUUGGUAAAACAACUCUAUCUCAUGUUAUUGCACGGCAUGCUGGAUACAAUGUCGUUGAGAUGAAUGCAAGGUGAGAACUGUUAUAGCUACAAAGAUCUAUCUGACAGUUCAAGAGCAAAGCAGAAUUGUGAUUUUCCAUCACCUUUUACUGAAAUGUCAUAAGUUGGAAAUAGUUAAGAUAUUUCCCUUUUGAACUAAAAGUUGUCAGGCAACAACAUUUUUUCCUUAAAACAGGUAUAUAUUUGUAAUUUGUGACUCAGUUGAUCAACCAAAUUAUUUUGUUAUGCCCCCACCAGGGCUUGAAAUUCAAAAAAAAUUCCAAGUUGCCUUUUGGCAACUAUUGAAGGAAAAUGGUUGCCUUGCAAAUGCAAAAAUGCAGUCACCAGAUAGUACAAGAACAGAAACUCAGAUUAGAGCCUCAUUUAAUUAGCAUUGUUGUUCAGCUACUGGAACUAAACAUGUUAAAAACAUCCUGCAGUAGCUGCAUGAGAUUCACACUCUGAACAAAUGUUUUUGAAAGGCUUUGAAACGCUUCUUGUUUGCAUACUAAAAACGAUCUUGCUUCAUGGUAAUUUCUAGACUGCAGCAAAUUACAAAAAUUGCUCAGUGUAUUCUUCUCUGACUUGUAUUGAGUAUUGAAUUGUGUCACCUAAAGCCAGAACAAAGACCCCAACCACAUCUUGAACUUAAAUGAACACAUAUUUGUAAAAUUGUUCUGUUUUAGUGAUGAUCGCUCCCCAGAGAUUUUCAGGAAUACCCUUGAAGCAUCUACCCAGAUGAAAUCUGUACUAGGAGGCAAUGAAAAGCCAAACUGUUUAGUAAUUGAUGAAAUUGAUGGAGCACCAGCUGUAAGUUUAAAUUCCCCAAGUUAACUAUGUGUACUUUCUUUGUUUUAUCUACUUAGUUUGAUGUCGUUCAUGAUUAUUAACAGCUACAUAAAUUUCCAUUUUAAGAUUUACAUAGUGCUUCGUAAAGCGGAUAUCAUAUAUUUUCACUUAUUUACUGAGAUUGUUCUCUGCUCUUCUUAUAACAGCCAGCUAUAAAUGUCUUGUUAUCAGUUGUCAAGCAAAAGAAUUCAGGUACUUGUCUAUUCUUUACAAUACUGCAAAUUAUGUUGAAUCUUUUAAAUUUAGUCUUUCAUUUACUUAUUAAUUUCAUCAUCCUUGUAACAAGAAUGCAUUUUUAAGUUUUCUUCCCUUCAAAUUUCAAAGUUCUGGAAUAAAUUAUAUUGUGAGAGGAUUCAUAGUACCACUCAUGUAAUCUACAUGAAAUAUGUGUCAUGAAUCUAUGAGAUGAGUAGCACAAUCACCAUGCCCAUAGGGGGUUGACUGCAAACUUUCAAUGAUUUCUUCUGUUUUACAUUUUCAUUGAAGCCAAAUCUUUACUUACAGGUAAAGUUGUUCUUAUUGAUUAUAGUAAAAGCAAAAAAUCAGAAAACCACAUUACUGUCUUUGAGAAAAUACCCGUGAAAGAUGAAAAAUCGAGCCAAUUUUGGUUGUAACGCAUAACACAAUCUCAGUGGUAAAAUUUUUUAAAUACAUUUUUCACUGAAAAGAAAGCUCGUUUGAGCAAACAAAUUGCACCUAAUGAUAACACACACUAAACACUACAUUUGAGCAAAACUUUGACAUUUCAAGUUUAUUAAAACGCAUAGAAAAGAUUCAUCAUUCUUAAGUAUCCUUUGUGUAAUGCUGGGUUUCAGAAUUUGGAAGUACACCAAGUUGUUGUCUGCAUAAUGACUAAACUGGAAUCCUGUGGGAACAAUAACACAUUAACCAAAUGCUCAUACUUGGUGUUCUAAAAUAGCGAAAAAUCAGUCUAAAGGAUUGACUAUAAACGGAGAAAUAUCAGUGUAAAAGAGUUGCUACGGUUUUGUAAAACCUAAUUAUGCAAUAAUAUUUUUCAUCAACUUACCUGCUCCUUCGCUACUAUACUUCAAACACGGCAAAGUUGGGUUUCAAAAUUGAUUACACUUCAAUGCUCAUAAGUUUCUCUUGUCAUUUCCAAGUUUUUGGGUCCAUAUCUUUAGAAACAUCCAAAAUAUUCGCUUUUGACCAAGUCGCUACGCUUUUUACCAUGUUGACGCCAUAUUGAGAACGGAGUCUCUCCGUGUCGAAAAUAGCUUGGUAACGUUUCCUAUUUUGGUUUCUGUGACAUUAUCAAGGGUCGGGGGUCUUCAAGCUCAAUAAUUUUUCUGAGAUUUAGCCAUCUGUAAAUAUCGCUUCAAGUGCGCUUGACAAGAGGUAUGGUUAAUGAAAAGGAAGAAAAGCUUGCGAGGAUCAAAGAGUGGAGGAGGAAAAAGCAGGAAAAGAAUAGGCUAAGGAAUCUAAAAUAUAAUGAAAAGAAUUGCAAAAAAGAGAGCUAAAUUUCCAAGAGAAAAAUGGUGAUGUGAUCUUCAAGUUGUAAAAAGAGGCAGAAAGUCAGUUUUUAGAGUGCCAGUUGAUCUCACUAGGGAGAUACUAGCCUCCAUGUAAUACAAAAUGUUAUUAUUUCUAUUUUUUACUGUGUCAGUGAACUCGUAAUUGAUUAUUUGUGAAAAAGACCACACCCACAAUACAAAUUUGAAUCAAAUGUGACAAAAAUAAAAUAGUUUGAAAUAAAUCAGUUGUAAUAGUAAAUGUGAAUUUAAAAUAGACCUAAAGAAGUGAUUUUGUCCCAAACUAGCAAUUUUCACAUUUUCCAUACAUGUUACAGAAGUGGGUAUGGUGAUUGUGCUACUCAUCAUGACUUGAAGUUGUAAUUUUUAGAGGUUCUUAUAAGUGCUUUUCAAGAGUGUCCCAAGUCAGUUUUAAUAAACUUAACUCAUUCAUAUACAAAAUAUUUAAGGUCUAAACAACUGGCUGUGACAGACUCACAGAGCAGCUGAUUAAUCUACUGACACAGCUUUGUAGAGGUUAUUAUGAAGCAAUUAUCUUUACAGAUACUGAUCCCAGUCAAAAAGGAAGAAAGAAGAAGAAAAGUGGACCUUUGUCACGGCCAAUCAUAUGUAUUUGUAAUGAUCAGUAAGUUGAACAAACAUUUAAUAGAUUUAACCUGCAGCAAACAAGGUUCUCUAACUGUAAAUUCCUGGGAAAAUAGGAAAGUUUAUUUGUUACUUCUUUUUUUCACAAGAUGACACUGAUGCUUUACUGCUGGGCUAGAUCUUUAGGGCACAUUUUCAUUAAACCUUAUGGAACCAAACCCAAAGUAAUCACAAAAGCCAUCAUCAUAAGAAAGAAAAAAUAUCCUAAGGAGCCCAUGAGAACUUAUUUAGUUAAACAAGAAAACUGUCCAAAGCUCUCAUGCUAAUUUAUUUAAAGAUUGAACUUUUUUGUAAUGCUUACCAUGUUUUAGAUACAGGAAGACUUUUAAUAGCUUUUGCUGCAUUGUGGUGAGAAACAGAUGCCUGGACUUGUGUCUCAAAAACAAAAAAAUAAAAACAUUGUAGAGCUCACCCAACAGUUUUAAUCUGAUUUAUUCGGAUUAAAAUUUGUUGGGUGUGCUUUACAUGUCUUGUAUACAGAAGGGCUUUUUGUUUUCCAUCUAUACUUCAUAAGAUAAACUUGAAAACGCAACAAUGAUGUAGAGCAGAAUUUUUUUACAAAAAUGAUCAAAGACCACUGAAAUCAGCUUUUGAGAAAGCUCCAUUUUGGUCAGAGACAUAGCCUGAUUCCAGUUCACUGACAAUCAAAGGGGUAACAAGAACUGAUCAAACUAACUGUCUCCAUGAUGAUGCACCAGACUCCCAUGAAUAGCCAACUAUGUAAUUGUCAUCCCUAGCAGAAUUAGCUUUCAGAUCAUUGGAGUUGACAUGUCCUCCUUUAAUUUUAAAAGGACAUUCUCCUUACAUGUGGUCUAUCUGUGCACUGUAAUGACUCGGUGACUGUCUUGUAAAUAAAUAGAUUAUUUUUGAUAGAUCCAGUACCUUGUAAUCUACAUUUUUCAGCUUGCUCAGGGUUUAUCUCAUGCUCUUUCAGCAGGUUCCAUAGCAACUAUGGAACCUGGAGUACUUAUGCUGACAAGCAGUCCCCUAUUCCUCUAAAUUAGAGCAUUUUAUGAUAGGUUUACGCAAGACUAAAUCAUUCCUCUCUACUUUCAGCCGGCAGAUCUCUUAUCCAUUAGUGGCAUUAAACUCAUGAAUUAUACUUUUAUUUCAACAAUAAAUCCUGAUUGACCUACCAUGCAUGAUUAAAUGUAUUUUGUUUUCCUAUAGAUAUGCGCCUGCUCUUCGUCAGUUACGUCAAGUGGCCUUUGUGGUAACAUUUCCACCCACUAUUCCCAGCCGCCUUGCCACUCGUCUUUUAGAGGUAAUCCUGGAUAGAAAUAGGUUCCAAAUCUAUGUCAAAUCAUGAUUGAUUUUUAAGGAUUUUCAAGAUUCUUUACAAGGUCCUAAGGUUCACCCUAAAAUCAUUAAGGAUCUCACAAUGCCUUUGUGUAGCAGUCUUGUGGAUAUUUGAAUAUCUUUCAAGCCUUUCACUCCUGAGAUCUCAUUAGUAAUUCUCCUGACUGUCUGCUACACAAUUUUUAUGAUGUUGGUUUAGAAAAAUUGGCAUUGAAUCAACUAAUAAUCCCCUAAUUGACAUUUUUCUUUAUUCUCAUCUCUGUAAUAUUGAUAUCAUUUCAGAAUUGUAAGGAAAAUUCUUUCACUGUCUUUCAUGGGAGGUAAACUGUUAAGUCCCUAGAUUGAUCUUCAAGAAAUCCUUGUAGAGGGAACUCAAUCAAGUGAUAUACACUAUAAACUAUUAACUAUCAACUCUUAAUCACUUUUAGUAUUCCCACAGACACAUGACUGUUUGUUAUUACUUAGUUUCCUGUUUGAUGUAUCUGCUCAGGAGUUUAUUAGCAUUUUUUUGAAAUAAAAACUGAUAACAAAUGGCAUGAGGUCACUGAUAACCUCAGCCAAUGCAAGUGGGUCAUAUCCUAUCUGAAUACUACAAGGAAAUGAAAAUAAAUUGAAAGUGAAUAAGUGACAAAAUUUAGAAUGAUUUAUGUGCAGAUCAAUUUUGCUAAUGAUCUAUUGAAGCCUCAGCUAAUGCAAGUGGGUCAUGUCCUAUCUGAAUACUAUUAGGAAAUGAAAACUAGAUUGAAAGUGAAUAGUUACAAGAUUUAAAAUGAUGUUUGUGUCAAUCAAUUUUUGCUAAUGAUCUAUUGGAGGAAAAAUGCAUAGAGGAUACCACCAUUAACAACAUAUGAAAUAAAUGUUGCUGUGGGUCUGUACAGUAAUAGAUCAUCAAGACAUCAAGAUGUGGUAAGAACAUCAAUGACACACUUGGCUAAGCCUCAUGCGCCACUUUUUGUACUCAUUUUGUAAACAUUUUUAAAGUCAUCUAUGAUGCAUUACUCAACAGAUACACAGCAAUAUGGAAUCUAUUUAUUAGUUAGAGCAUGCUAAUUUGUAAGUACACCAUACAAAUGCAUCACUAUCAUUAUUGUUAGAAUUUCUGUUAGUAAAGACAGGAAGGUGAGGUAAAGUUUAAUGUGAUUGGUAGACUUGACUUGCCUCUUGGUCUGACCUUGUGUAUGAAACAUACAGUAAAUAAUCAACUUCGGAGUCUUGUUUUACACAAUAAUGAUAUAUCUUCUCUAUGUGUAUAGAUAUCCAGACAAGAAUCAGUUAAUACAGACAUGACAACACUGACAUCUUUAUGUGAAAAAACUGAUAAUGACAUCAGGUCAUGUUUAAACACCCUGCAGGUUAGACAUGAAACAUUUUUGUUUGACCUAUAAAUAUUCUGCUAGAAUUUUUUACAUGUAUCUGCAUCAUUGUGAAAAUGGAUGCUCAAACUGCUCUCUCAAAAAAGCAUUGUAAAACUCUCCGAACAGUUUUAGUCUGAUGUUUACACCAGACUGAUACUUGUUUGGAAUAUUUUACACUUGCAAAAAGUCCAACUGGAAAGACAAUAGAAUAUUUAUUUUAGUGUUUGACUGUUAAAGCAUUUAUGCUGGUAUUAUGUUAUUUGUUAGCCACUUAUACCAUGCCUCAAGGUUACCUUUUUUCUUUCCCUUUUUCUCUCUGGAGGAAAGUAUUCCUACAUGAAUAAUAACUAAACUACAAGACUGAAAAUGUUCAAGUUAUCAUUGGGUCAACCAUGGGCACUAGAGAAUAGAUACCAUACCAAAACUUGCUGUGUGAGUCUGUGGGAAAGAUCUUUUUUUCUCCAUCAUGUACCUGUAACAAUAUUUUUAAUUAAUGAAGAAAAACUUAUUCCUGGGCCAUAGUUGCAGGAACGGCAAUUAAUGUACACCUCUCAAAGGGAUAACACUCGUCACUAUCAUACAGCAUUACUUUCCAGCCUCCUAACUUGCCCCUCCUCUAUUCAAGACCAUGUUAGACUCAUGUCUUCUCUUUGCAGUUCAUUCAAAAGAGGCAUGGACAAGUAGGAUUACAGCAUGUCCAAGCUAUGGAAAUUGGUCUGAAGGAUUCUCAUCGCAGUCUGUUCUCAAUCUGGCAAGAAAUCUUCCAACUUCCCAAACCAAAAAGACGUCAUUUUGCAGACAUUGCAGACAUUGAAAACCAUAAAAGUUUAGCAGAUAACAGAGGAAUGCCCUUGGGUGGGUUUCAGGGAAAUAUGAGCAGUGUUGGUGAGCAGAGAGGAAUGACAUCACUGGCAAGUCGUUUCCACACAGUUCUUCAUUCUGCCAUGUCAAAUGGGCAGUAUGAUAAAGUAACACAAGGUAGGUUGCUGUUGUAUACUUUCUAUCAGCAAAGGUGGCCCAAGGGAGGCUUGGAAUAUAAAGCCUCCCCUGCUACCCCUUCACAAUUUCAAAGUGAAAUAAAGUAGAUUUAUCAAAGGAAACUUUCUUUAGAAUUUAAUGAACGUUCAUUUCUCUUCAUUCUGAUUGAAAGUAGAUUCUUCCUCCCCAGUUCUUAGAUAUAAUAUCCUCUGAGGCUUGUCAUAGAAUGUAAAAUUCUGGCUGAGUGAAAUUUUUGUGAGGUAUUUUAGAUGUCUCUUAUAGUGACUGACAUACUAAUGAGAGCUAUUAGAGAGUAUUUGUAUUCCAUGUGUGACUGUUUGGCAAACCUUUAACCCUUUAAACCCUAAGAGUGACCAGCAUCAAAUUUCUCCCUACAGUAAUACUGCUAAAUCAUUCAUUAAGAUCAUCAGAUUAAAGGAAAUGAUUGCCAACCUAAGAGGCUUUGAUCUUCACAUGAAUUCUCCUUGUCAGUACCAAAUGAAACAUGGGAAAGAGUAUGGAGAAUAUGGAUACUGAUGUUAAGGGUUAAAGAUGGUGGUAAUGUGACUGCAUAGUAAAUGGAUGUACGACAGACAAACAUGCUAACCAAGGAUCAUUUCUUGUGAUUAUUCAGGGCUGUUUGAGAAUUAUUUGCAAGUGAAAUUUAAAGAUCCCAGCUUUGAAGUGGUAAGUGGAAAAAAUUUGACUUACUGACUGACAAUGGCAAGGGCAUUGUGAAUGAUUAAUGAAAUGACUCCAAGGAGUCCAUACCAUUUGUUACCUGAUUUGUGACUAGAACUAUGAGGUUGGUAUGACCUUAUGGUUUACAUGGUGGACUUCAGAUGGGACUUUUGUCAUGUCUUUGUGUCAUGGUUUUGGACAUGUCAUGUUAGUUUCAUGGCUUUUUUCCUUCAAUGGGAAUAACUGAGUACUUGUAAAUUGUCAGGGAAACUUACAAAAUGCAGCAUGGGUGGGGGAAGGGGAAGGGGGUUGGAAGUGUCUUGUGUUAUAGAGGUAUCCUAUGCUGUUGGAUUAGUAAUGCUUCUUAUUUCUUUUAACAGGUGGUUUGUGGAACAGAGUGGCUGGAAUUCUCUGACUUCAUUGAGCAAGCGGUGAUAGGGCGCCAGAGUUACAUUCUCCAGGGAUACAGUCCUUUUAUAUCAGUGGCAUUUCACUUGUUUUGUGCAAGUCAAUCACACUCAAAGCUUAGCUAUCCCAGCAGUCAAUAUGAGGUAACAGAAGUGUGUAUAACACUGUUUAUGACCACAAUCCAGCCCUCAGUUUAAUUGUUAUCACAUAUUAUUGAAAUUAAGAAAAUUAUCAAAUAGUGAACAGUUGGAAGAACCUUUAUAAUUGUAGUCGGGAGUGUAAGUUGUGAGAUCAUGAGGGUUGAAGGAAACAUUACCCCCCCCCUCCCCCUGUAGUCUGUUUGAGGCAUGCAUACAAAAGGAAACUUUUAAGAAGUGGUUUCUAAGGUAGAAAACUAAAAAAAAUGGUUUUAAUAAACCUUGAGAAAAGAGAAUACCCAUGAGUUUCAAUGACAAUUGUGAGACUUUAAUAAUCUGCUGCCCCAUUUUAGAUACACUUGAUGUAAUGCAAAUGUAACUCUUUUAAAAACAAUUUUGAUAUUUCAGUAAAUCUUUUAAGAACAGACACCUGUUCCAGAAAUAAAGCUGUUUGAUUGUAAACAUUUGACAAAGGCUAGUCACUAUUCCAUUUUUUCAAGAUCAUCCAUUUAUAAAACAGUAAUAAGACAGUUGACCUGUUUAUUGCUCACUUUCAGAGCCACCUUAAAGAAACCAAGACCAAGAACCUUGUAAAUGCUAUCAAGAAUGAGUCAUCUCCACACAUUAGGAAAAAUAUUAGUCUACGAAUAGCCUGUCUGGACUUACUUCCAUUUAUGUUGGAAGUAAUCACUCCCACAUUGAGACCUGUAAGCAUAUGAUUUGUGUUGUUCACUUGAAAUCAAAUCAAAUCAUGAUAUUUAUUACACACAAAAAUACAUAAAAGGAAACCUCAUAGAUUAUUGCCAUUAAUGAUGCCCCUAAGACUCUUAAGGGAUUGGUUACAUAUGGAUGACAAUAUUUUUAGGUUACUUUGUUCUGUUCAGAUUCCCCAAAUGGCACUGAGGAAAAACAAGGGGAGGUUGGGAAAAGUUGUUAGACAGUGGUGGAGUUGUAAAAGGAGAAAAUUACCCUGUUCUUCAGGAUUUGUUUUUAGUUUGUUCAAAAACAGAAAAAUUCUCUGAGACUUAAUAGAAAAGGUAAGACCUAGGACCCUACUCCCCCACUAAUAGGUAAUUGUAAGGCCAAUAAAGGGUGUGUUUUGGAAAGGAUCCUCUCAGUCAUCAAGAUCAUUCUAGGAAUUAUGAAAACCAAGAGAGAUCUACUGAAUAGAGUGGAUCAGUUUCUAAAGAAACUGUGGUGCUGCUUCAGUAAAGGUUAUAACAAGAUAAUUUGGUUUUAUUAACUGAGUUAAUAAUGUAAAUUAGAAAUACGCUUGAGAUGUCAGCUUUAGAAACUCUUUACGGUGGCCAAUUAACAUCAUCAACUCAGUUGGUAAAACCAAAUUAUCAAGAGAUAUAUUGAGUUGUGUUGCCUUUUUUUUUCAGGUUAACACUCAGUUGUUUUCAGCAAGUGAGAAAAAACAAUUAGCAGAGCUCAUUGAUACCAUGAUAGCCUACAAUGUGACUUUCCAUCAAGAGAGGAAUUUUGAUGGACAAUACACAUAUGUUUUAGAUCCGUAAGUGUUUAUAGAACUCCUUUCAUGCUGAAAGUUAGAUAUAUGUUCACUGCUAAGUUGAUUGAAGUUACAUCCUGGGCUCGAGGGUUUUUUUCUCCUGAAAAAAUAUUGUUGAAAACAGAACCUUUAUUUGGAUAGAGAAAUCUUAACAUCCAAUUUUGCAAGCCUUCCCCUGAACCCUCUAACUCCAAGAAGUGAUUAACAUGUAACCUCUUCCUUUAAUAUCCAUACAUUAUCAAGCAAAUAGGUAAUGAGAGUACUCAAACUUAUCUGGUAGAAGUUGUUACCUUGGGUGUGGCAGCAAGUGGGGAGAAUUAACAAUCAGAUAUGGGAGUUAGAGGGUUCAUACUUCACUUCAACCCAGGGCAGAAGGUGACCCAGUUACCUCCACAACCCCUUAAAGACCAUGAAGGUUAUAAAGAUUCUGAUUUCCUCUCCAAUUCUGCUCUAACCCUGCUGAAACGUGCGAUGCUUUUUCUUUUCUUGUACUACAGAAACGUAGAAGAAGCUGUAAAAUUUCCUGGUUUGCCUCGGCACAGGCAGUUGACGUAUGCCAUAAAACAGCUCAUAGCACGAGAGGUAACACUACUUCUCUUUUUUUCCUUUUCUACUUUCAAGUACUGGUCUCCAGUAUGGUUUUUGUAACAGCAAAGACAACAGAACUUCAACUGGACGCUCUAUGUUAUUAAGUUAGGAAGUUUCAAUGGAGAGAGUCGACAGUCAAACAACAUUUUUAUUUCCUUAUUUGUUUUAUUAAGUAACGUAUUGCAGGAAAAGGAAGUCAAGUCCAUCUAAUAACAUUUCUUUGGUGGGGAAGCUGUUGUAACAUCACUUUGCAACUGGAACACAACAGUUUGUGUUCUAAACGAAAUCUCUGAGAGAAUUUACUAAUACAUUUGGGAUCUUUGUGAUGCAGAUUGAGUUGGAAAAAAUGAGAAGAGCUGAGAGAGCCUUUAAAUCUCGUGCGGAUGAAAGGUAAGGAUUGCGAAUCCGUUUUGAUUACCUCAUAAAUACCAGUGAUAAGACACUGGUGUUUUUUCUUUUCUUUCUUGAACAUCAUUUCUGUGGUUAAGUCAAUACUGUAUUGCAGUAUCCUCCAUUGACCACGAGAUUUGAAACAGCUAAUACACAUGUACUGUUGAAGAUGGGAGUGGGGGGAGGGGGGGUUGGUGGCAAGGAAUCUCAGCAGGGAAAGGAGAAUGUCGGUAUAUCUUUUUCGAAAUAAAAGCUGACCUAAACAAGACUGGAGUGAAAUAAUCAGCAAGAAACUCCUUCAACUUGUAUUUAAGCUUGAGGAGUAAAAAUAAUUUUGAUAAUUCCUUAUCAAUGUUAUACUCCCAUUCCACAGUUCAAUAUUCAAACUGUUACUGUAGAUCUGUUUUCUUUAGAGUUCCCACCACUACCGCUUUGUUUGCUGAAUUUAAAGUAAAAUUUGCAUUUCCAUUUCUCUGGAUUUCAGUUGGAAAGAUUGAUUUAUUUGUAGCUCAGGUUUAGUCCAUCACUGGAGAAACUUAUCAAUCAGGUGUAUACAUAAAGAUUUGAAGAUAAUUUUCAUGUAUGUGCCAUUGUUAUUUUUCUUCCCUAGAUAUAGUCCUCCCAUAAAUACCAGUGACUCCAAGAAGCUGGAACAAGAAAAAUUAAAGAAGCCUGUAGUUGUUUUGUCUCUGGAUACUAGUAAAGCAAAACCACUAGAGACAAAGGUACCGGAAUCUCUGUUAACUUUCCCCCUUGUGAGUGGGCUAACUUGUGAUAGGAAAGCAAACUUUAGGUCUAUUGAAUUUCUGACGAACUAACCAAUGGACAGAUGAACAUAAGCAGGAAGUAAUGGACCGACUGACUGACUCGCCAACUGGUUGUUGAAGAGAGGAGGAAUUUUUUUAUGCUGAUCUGACUAUUAGGUUGAUUGACUGACUAAUGGCUUGGUUUGCAGUCUUCUUACUUUUAUCAAAACGAUCUUAUCGCAGUGAAACAAAUGAUGCUUUGUUCAAUUCUCUUCCCUAUUUUCAGCCUGUCUUAGACUUCUUUGGACGUCCAGUGAAGGUUAAACCUAAAGACACAGGUAAUAUCUUCUGAGAUGUAAACCUAGGCUUGACACUGCUUUUGGAAUUAAAAAUCUGAAGCUUCCACUCUUGUUUAACUUUUUUCUUUCCAGGAGACAAAACCAGCUCGCAGUCUGCUCGAUCACAGCCAAGCCUUAUUUGGUUUCGGUUUAAUGAAGGAUACAGCAAUGCUGUUCGAAAAAGCGUCAAAGUAUUGGAGUUUCUCUAAAAUAAAAUAGUCGCAGUUGGAAUAAUAAGCAAAAUUUUGUCGAGAACUGUUCAAAUCAUCUUGCAUGACAAUUUCAAUUAGUUAAGGGGAUGAAACGUGAAAUAAUAACCUGGAAGAUCCCACAUUGUCCUUAACAAAUGAGCAAGGGGAAGAAGAUUUUUCAGCCAUUUAAACAGCUUAAAAUACUUUUUGUAAAUUGAUUGUUCUAUGUAACAGCUCCUGACGAGAUUGAGCAAUAAAAAUGUCUUAUUGGUA